AUGCUACUUUCAUUACGUGCUGCAAGCUUUGUGAAGCUUGCAAAGCAUCGGGCGCGUCAUUCCCGAGGUAGAGUGAGCAUUGGGGCGCAAUGCAGUCCAUACGCGACAGAGGCAGCCAAGCAGGAGGAGAAGGCUGCUACGAAGUCAGGGUCUCUCUCGAAAUCCUCAAACGCACGGUACAAUGAAAUAGGGGUCCAGCAAGUCAGCAGCCACGUCUACUCACAAAUCUUUCCGGAAAACGUUGCGCCUCCUCCAAAGGAACUGGUAGAGCUAUCAAGGGACCACCUUCGACGGCAUGAGCUGUUGGGAAAGAACACAGAAAACCCGCCACCGAUUGCGUUUGAUCUUCCCGAGCUCCAAGGCAGCACACUCGAUGAGCACUUCUACAAGCUUGGUAUGGAUGCUGCAGAACCAUUUUUAUCAAAGGCAAAACAUUUCUCGAGAUCAAAUGGUCCACCGAAGCCGAGGAAAUGGGUCCGGAGAAGUGGUUGGACAAAAUAUUAUCCGGAUGGAAGAACGGAGGCAGUGGAUGCGCCGCAAGAGGACAUGUUGUGUUUUGAUACGGAAGUGAUGUGGAAAGAAAGCUCAUUCGCUGUGAUGGCUUGUGCUCUUAGUCCUACAAACUGGUAUGCGUGGCUGUCGCCAUGGCUGCUGGGAGAAUCAGAAAACGAUCGCCACCUUAUCCCUCUGGGAGAUCCCACACAACCUCGGAUCAUUGUGGGACAUAAUAUUGGCUAUGAUCGUGCCCGGAUAGCGGAGGAAUACGACAUCAAGCAAUCAAAGAACAAUUUCUUGGAUACUAUGUCAUUACAUGUGGCUGUGAAUGGGAUGUGUUCUCGCCAAAGGCCGACAUGGAUGAAGCAUAGGAAGAACCGGGAGUUGAGAGACAAGAUUGCUGGUGAAACUGAUAACGCAGAAUUGGCAUCGUUGCUGGGGAAUAAAGCGUUGACAGAAGAGGAAGAAGAAUUAUGGGUUGGGAGAAGUUCAGUCAAUUCAUUACGGGAUGUGGCAAAAUUCCAUCUGGAUAUUUCUAUCGACAAGGCGCAAAGAGACGCAUUCGGAGAAUUAGACCGGGAAGGAGUAAGGGGCAAACUUGACGAGUUGCUAGAUUACUGUGCUGCCGAUGUCGAUGUCACGCACAAGGUUUACAGGAUCGUGUUCCAAAACUUUCUGGAGACUUGCCCACAUCCUGUGAGCUUUGCUGCUCUACGGCACUUAUCUUCCGUCAUUCUUCCCGUUGACAAGUCGUGGGAGUCUUACAUCGAAAAUGCGGAAGCGACAUAUCACAAGCUGUCUGACGCAGUUCAGGAGAGGCUGGUCGGACUAACGGACAAAGCACUCGAGAUUAAGGCUGAUAUCGAAAAGUGGAGGAACGAUCCAUGGCUUCGACAAUUGGACUGGUCGGGACAGGAGAUCAAGAUGGUCAAGGGAAAAAAGAAGAACGACCCUCCUCGGCCGGCUGCUCGUCAGAAGAUGCCAGGAAUGCCGAAAUGGUACAAAGAUCUGUUCGCCAAAACGGAUGGACCCAUUGGUCUCUCAGUUCGAACUCGUAUAGCCCCUCUGCUGUUGCGCUUAGCAUGGGAUGGGAAUCCUCUGGUCUGGUCAGAUAAGUACGGCUGGACUUUCAGAGUGCCUCUGGCGGAUGCCCACAAAUAUACCCAGACACAAAUGCAAGAAUGUACUGCGUUCGAGGAGAAAGAUGUAGCAUUACGAGACGACAGAUCCGCCACAUACUUCAAACUGCCUCACAAAGAUGGCCCUACUGCACGUUGUGCGAACCCAAUGGCGAAGAGCUACAUGUCAUAUUUCGAGCAGGGCAUUCUCUCAUCUGAAUUUGCGUAUGCGAAAGAGGCACUAGAAAUGAAUGCUUCCUGUUCGUACUGGAUUAGUGCAAGGGAUAGAAUAAUGUCUCAGAUGGUAGUGUACGAGAGCGAUGUCCAGAAAGGUACUGAUAUGGGAGCAUCAAAAUUGGAGACGGGGUACAUUCUACCCCAGGUCAUUCCGAUGGGAACAGUCACCAGGCGAGCUGUUGAAAAUACGUGGCUUACUGCUAGCAACGCCAAGAAGAACAGAGUAGGCUCUGAAUUAAAAUCCAUGGUCAGAGCACCUCCAGGAUACUGCUUUGUCGGCGCGGACGUUGACUCCGAGGAAUUAUGGAUAGCCAGUCUGGUCGGUGAUGCCCAGUUCAAGCUGCACGGUGGAAAUGCUGUCGGUUUUAUGACGCUUGAGGGCACAAAAGCAGCUGGAACCGAUUUACAUUCAAGAACAGCCGGCAUUCUAGGCAUUACCCGAAACGAUGCGAAGGUCUUCAACUAUGGGCGAAUCUAUGGUGCAGGGCUCAAAUUUGCUUCGACACUACUUCGCCAGUUUAAUCCAGGACUGUCAGAAUCUGAGACGACCAAAGUUGCCUCCAAUCUGUACAAAGCCACGAAAGGGACUAAGACGAAUCGAAAGGUACUCCACAAGAAGCCAUUUUGGCGUGGAGGGACCGAGAGUUUUGUUUUCAACAAGCUUGAAGAAUUCGCCGAGCAAGAGCGACCUCGUACCCCAGUACUUGGUGCCGGUAUCACAGAAGCCUUGAUGAGUCGAUUUGUCAGCCAAGGGGGUUUUAUGACAUCGAGGAUCAACUGGGCCAUUCAGUCAUCUGGUGUUGAUUACCUUCACCUCAUAAUCAUUUCGAUGGACUACCUCAUUCGCCGUUUCAAUAUCAAUGCACGACUUGCAAUCACUGUUCACGACGAGAUUCGGUACAUCGUAAGUGAGAAUGACAAAUAUAGAGCUGCGAUGGCACUUCAAGUCUCGAAUAUCUGGACCCGCUCGAUGUUCUCUCAGCAGGUCGGCAUCAAUGAUCUGCCACAAGCGUGCGCCUACUUCUCAGCUGUUGACAUUGACCACGUGCUUCGCAAAGAGGUCGACAUGGACUGCAUCACUCCCUCUAACCACGAGAAGAUUCCACACGGUGAAUCUAUCGAUAUCACCACUCUCCUCACCAAGCCAUCAUCCUUCCUCGAUCCAGCUAUUAUUCCCAUCGAUCCUCCGAAUGUGGCGUCGAUCCCAUACACCCCUCGAAUCCCGGUGAUGGAAACCUUAUCCUCGAACACCGACAUCAACUUUUUAAAGGCUCAAAUCACAGCAGACGACAAAGAACUACGCGAUAUCCUCAAAGACCAACGUAAAGCUUCCGAAGUCAACGCACCUCCCAAGAAAAGAGCUGUAAAGACACGCAACAUUCUCCCCUAUCAGGCACGUGCCCACUUGAUCGAAGAUACCAAAUCUGUCUCUGACCUUCUCGGAAACGAUUUCCGCAACUCUUUCCAGAACAGCAAAUACCAACAGAGUGGUGGAAAGUCGAACUGGGGUUUUGACAGACCAUCGCCCGUCAGAGCUCGACCAACUACACGGUGGUAA